AUGAGUACAUUGACGAGAGGAGAAUUUUAUUCAUUUUUUCUCUUAAAAAAAAAAGGGCAGACAGACAGACAAAAACAACUUCACUUCUUCACAUCAACGAAGAAGAAAAGAGAGUUUGUAGAAGAAAUUUUAAGAAGAAUGUUGGUGGUGUUGAAACCAAUAAAGUGCGAGUUGGAAAUAGCCAAAGGGGUUCGGGCGAAAGGGGAAGCUUCAGUGACCGAACGAGACGUCGUUUUCAACGCCGCCGAGAAGAGCAGCGAUGAUGAGAGCUCUUCGUUUAAAGGCGCGAAAGUUAUUUCCAUUGAAUCCGUGACGAACCAACAAAAAUCAAAAGCGAAGAAAGGAGCGGACUAUUUCGCUCUGAGAGUGAGUCACGACAGUUCGGGAGGAGGAGGAGGAGGAGGAGGAGGAGGAGGAGCGAUUGUCCUUCGAUUUGAGACCGAAAAGGACAGAGAUGACAUCUCAAAGGCGAUUAAAGAGCAAAAGACGAAAAUAGACGUGGAGAAAGCGUCGAUGCCGUCGAGAGUGGAACAAGAGGCGAGAAGACAACUGUUGGAGACGAACCCAGAUUUGAAAGAACUUUUCGACGCGACGGUUGGCCAAGGCAUAAUAUCGGAGGCGGAAUUCUGGGAUGCGCGACGAAAAAAGCUAUCCUCGAUCGCUUCGCGCCUAGGAUUAACGCAAAAGACGGGAUUAAAGAGCGAGAUGGAUGCGGACGAUAUCGGCGCGAGGGACGGCGCUUCGGUAGAGAGAGAUAAAAUACGAGCCACGUUAACUUCGGAAAAAAUGCACCGAAUCUUUGCCGAACGUCCGGGAGUUAGAAAAGCAUUCAUAGAUAACUGCGUGAAACGUAAGGAGUUGACAGAGAGGGAGUUUUGGCACCGGUUUUUAAAGUCAGAGUACAUGAAGAAGAUGCGAGACGGUGGCGAGGCGCAAUCCGAAGCCGAAAAGAACGAUUUGAUUUUGUUCUCCAGACGUUUAGAAGACGAGGCGGGGAAAAGGAAACAAGUCGAGUCCGUGAGUGAGUUUGUAAACUUACAGGCGGAUAAGGACGAUACGCUCGUCACCGGGCAAUCCGCGUACGGCGUUUUCGAUCGUUACCAAGGAACGAAGGAACAAGUCAAGAAAAAAGUUGGGAAAGGCGCGGCUGGAGGUCAAGCGACUACUUUUGUCGGCGACGAUGACUCGCUCUCGAAGAUGGACAUCGCGAGAGACUUAAAUAGACACGGUGAAGUCGUGCUUCGAGGGAGACCGAAAGGCGACGAUUCAGUCGCAACGAAUGCGACAACCGCAGCGAUGAUUGCAGAAAAGGAAGACAAAGACGCGUUGGAAGACCGAUUGAAAAAGAUUUCGAUGGCGAGUAAACGACUCAAAGAUGGUGAUGCGGAUAGAGAUGGAGAUGAUAACGUCAGCGAUGACGACGCAGAAGAGCUUCGAUUGGAAGAUUUGAAUCGAGAGGAGGAAGAACCGAAAAAAAUGGAACUCGCAGUGGCUGAUGCUUCGGCGUAUUUCCGCAAGAAAAAAUCUACAGAAACGACAGUUGCAAAGAAAUCAACGACAAAGUCAAAGCAGGAUAAAACGAAAAGGAAACGAGACGAAGCGGAAAUAGAAGCAAAAUCAUUUGCACAAGCUAUUGAGUUAGCGCGUUCUUUUGGUAAAGAAGAAAACGAAGUGAAAGAUGAAGAACUGGAUGGAUUGGCCGCUUUGAAAACAUUGGAGUCUAUCACGCAGUCGCUCUGGCGCCACGAGAGCGAAACAACCUCACACAUUUCUUCUUUCGAUUCAUUCUCUUCCUUAGAGAAGACUGAAGACGGCGACAAUCGCCAGCGCUUACUUUCGGAGAGCGAAGCGCUCGCGUUGAAGAAAAUUGCCGCGAAAGUCGAAGAAUAUUUGAUUCACUUUUGGCGAAAAGCGCCGUUCGUUACUGCCACCGCGUGGGAGUCUGCGAGCAAACUCAACGAUGCGUUGGGCGAACUUUACGAUGCAAUUUCGAAUUUAAAAUCAGCGUUAUCGGGAGAAAAGCGCAACGAGGCUUCUCGAAGAGUUCGUUCAAUUUUAAGAUCGAUGGACGCUGCGUUUGCGUAUUACGACGAGGAGAAGGAAAACCGAAAGGCCAGUUACGACGCUUUCUUGAAGGCUCGACAGCAAUCCGAAGCUACCGCGGCUGGUGGCGCUAAAUAA